AUGGAUAGUGGGAGCCGGGGUGCAACGGUCGGGGACGGUGCAGCCAAUUUCACAGCAGCCCACCUCAGGCUGGAUCUCCUGAACGCGUCGAGCCCGCCGACCCGGUGGGACAGCGGCUCACCUGCCGAGGAGACCGGGCUGGAAGAGCAGCAGCGCCUCCUCCGAGAGCAAGCCUACCGAGACUUCACCACCACCAUUCAGGUUUUCAUCCUCAUAAGUUCGCUGCUCGGAAAUGCCACGGUGUUGUGGUGCACCUGCUGUACGAAUGUCUUUAAAUCUGUGACCAACCGAUUCAUAAAGAACCUGGCGUGCUCUGGCAUCUGCGCCGGCCUGGUCUGUGUUCCCUUCGACGUUGCACUUGGAGCCAGCCCUCGCUGCUGCUGGUGGCUCCACACUCUGCUACUCUGCAAGGCCAUCAAGUUCCUCCAUAAACUCUUCUGCUCGGUCACUGUGCUCAGUUUCAGUGCCAUCGCACUCGACAGAUACUACUCCGUGCUGUACCCUUUAGAGAGGAAGAUCUCGGAUGCAAGAUCCCGAGAUCUGGUCAUCUAUAUCUGGGUCCACGCGACGGUUGCAAGCCUCCCUGUGUUCGCUGUGACCAAUGUGACAGAUGUAUACGUCACCUCGUCCUGCUCAGAUGACCACGCCCGUUCCCUGGGCCACAUGGUGUACGUGCUGAUCUACAACAUCACCACGGUGAUCCUCCCUCUCGCUCUGGUCUUCCUCUUCAUGCUGCUGAUCCGCAGAGCGCUCAGUGCCAGCCAGAAGAAGAAGGUGAUAAUUGCAGCCUUGCGGACUCCCCAGAACAGCAUCUCCAUCCCGUAUGUGUCCCAGAGAGAGGCUGAGCUACAUGCCACGCUGCUGGCUGUGGUGUUAGCUUUCUCAGUCUGCAGCGCCCCCUAUGGGGCCUUGGUGGUUUAUCGCACCAUUUUGGCAGACAGUAAAGAGCUACCCAUCUUACUGUAUCUAACAGCCCUCUGGCUACCAAAGGUGUCCCUGCUCACUAACCCACUUUUGUUUCUAACUGUUAACCGCUCAGCUCGUCAUAGCUGGCUGGACCUGCUUGCCAGGAUUCACAGACGUUACAGCCGCCGUAACGUGGUCAGCACCGGGGGUCUGGCGUCUUUAGGGGCAGAAGGUGUGAUCGGGGAGCCGGUGGGACUGGAGACAGCCGGCCGCUCUGGGAGCCAGCUUCUGGAGAUGUUUAAUAUUGGCCAGCAGCAGAUCUUUAGGCCUUCUGAGGAAGAGGAGGAAGAAGAGGAUGUAGAGAAUGAGAUCCCUUCUCAAGGAUCAGGAGGAGGGUCUAAAGAGGACCACAAAGGUGGGUCAAGACUGGGGAGCCUCAGAGGGGAGGUGAUCACUAAAAAGGACCCUCUGCAGGGGACAGGGGGAGGGUUGGUCAUCACCAAGGAUGGCCCUCCUUCAGUCAUAGCACCCCGGGCCUCUCCGGUCCACACAUGUGCUUAUGCCUCUUCAUCUCAGGUGGCACCAGCUACACCUACAGAAGCUGAGGACUCCACACAGUUUGGUUUUGGACCCUUUGAACUGCCACCACAGUGGUUACCAGAGACCAGGAACAGCAAGAAGAGGCUGCUGCCUCCGCUGGGUAACACACCUGAGGAGCUGAUCCAGACCAAACUGCCCAGGCCGCGGCCUGAACGGAGAAUCAGCAGGAACAACAAGGUCAGCACCAUCCCCACUGUGGACCCAUGAACUAUUCCUGCUGGCCACCGAUUGGCAACACUGGUCACAGUUAAUUUACAGGGUCUCUUGGGUUGACCAGGCCUUG